CAGGUUGUGUUGUCGCGCUUGUCGGUGGGAGGUUAGAAAAAAUUGAAAGCCGGCGAAAAGAAACACGCGGACCAGCGCUUCUGUAGAAGUGUAGACAGUAUCACAGUGACUAUAGUGUACGACGUUUGCCUGCCGACGGUGUUUGUUGUGUUGCGCACGCGUUAUCUAAGUAAAAACAUUUUUUUUCGUUCUUUUGAAUUUUGUUCCGUAAUUUAUCUAUUUUUGAAAUAUUCAAACCUUAAAUUCGAGACCCGUGCGUUUUACUGAUUUCUCCAAUGAUGAAAGGCUGAAUAUCGUUGUAUUUGUCUAUAAUACACAGCGAAACCUAUACGACUCUCCGCCAUGGCCUGCAACUUCGGAAGAAAUGAAAUAUUAACAGAUGUGGCUUUAUAUUUGCAAACGGUAUUGGUUGCCGAAUCUCUUUCGGAGCGAGCCGAAAUACAACGCCAACAGCUUUUGGAAAAACUUACCAACAGAGAAAUGUCACCAGCCAGGACUCCGUACAUGGACAUGAACGGGCGUUCAAAAGGCCUGAUAAUGAAGUCGAACAGCUUCGCGUGCUUACACCAGCAAGCGGCGUACGAAGAACUGUGCUCGAAUCAACCGAUCUACAACAACGUGCCGUACGAAGACGACAUACUCAACUACGAACCUUACGUGAUCGGCUGCAACGGAUACGGUCCGCCGUCCAAACACCACCUGAACGCGAAACGGCACAGCGCGCCAAAUAGUGGCGGCGGAGGCAUCGCCGACAACGGUAACCUGUCGACGGGCUCGUUGUGUAAGACGGCCCUGAACGGCAGCAGCAGCCUCAGCAGCCGGUCGAACAGCGACUCGUCCGAGAGCUCCAAGAGUGAGGUGAUCUACGUGUCGGCAAACGCGGUCAAGUAUUCGGCCAGCAAGUACGGGCCGUUGACGAAGCGUGAGAAAAUACUGUUCGUCGACCACACGAAGAAGUACUGGGCCGCGGUGCUGUCGUCCACCAUGUACGUGUACAACGGCGAAAAGGAGUUGAAACCGUGUCUAGUCGUCAAUCUCGAGGGGUACACGGCCAGAGACGCGGCGGGCGGCGGCAACCGGAACAAGGACUGGGUGUUUGAAGUCGUGUGUCCGGGCAAGAAGACUUAUCAGUUUAUAGCUCAAAAUCAAAAUGACUUGCACUCUUGGAUCGAGGCUAUCAACAAUUCGUGCAGCAAGUCGUCCACCCCAGAAAUAGAGCAACUCUCGCCGUCUCCCAUAUGUUUCAAACAGGAGCUUUUGCCUAAUCGCGAACUGCCUGUACCCCCCGCUGCUGCAACCGAUGACACCUCCGCGCAGGAUUACUAUUAUGAUAAACCGAAUCCUAUUAUAAGACCGGUCAAUCUUUACGAGAACGGAACCGAUGACGUGGAUAUGAUUGAGUCGAUUUACCACUUUAUCGAUGAAUCCAAACAAGAAAAGGACACGUUGCCAAAGGUCGAUAAGCAGUUUUGGGAUGGCGACACGUCGUAUUACAAUAUUCCAAACAACAUACCGGUGCCCGUGCCAGUCAAGGAAGAUCGAAAUAACAACGAAUACGACGAUUAUUUCGCUGAAAAGGAAACUAGCUACGAUAUAAUAACGAACGAAGAACGCGAGAUGGCUGUGGCAGACCAGGUUUUGGGCGUACAACAAAUAAUACAAAAAAUUGAAGAAAUAAACAGCAAAAAAACAUCACCAUUAUUACGACGUAAAUCGCAACCAAAAAACAAUGGUCUAAUGAGAAACUCUACACCAAUAUAUACUACCGAUGAGUUUUAUGAGCCCAUGAAAGUGAUGAAAAACAUACAACCCAACAACAACAUAGCUGCAGUUGUCGGUUCACAAUCAUUUCGAAAAUCUCGUUGAAUGCGCUUAAUAUGUUCUCAUUUAGAACGUAUUAUAUUCUUUACUCAAUUCUGUGGAAUUUCGAUCGUGUCAUGGUUAUAAAUAUUGAUUUCCCUUAAAUUAUCUUAAAGGUUCAAAAGCUACGAUGACUGUGGAUUGUAUAAUAUUUAUAUAUGCAUUUAAGAACAUGUAUGGUAACAAUGUGGUUAUAACAAUUGUUACAUUAAAUUAUUAUUUUUUAGUAAGUCGCUCAAGAAACUUUUUAAAAUUCAAACAAUUUUGAUAUUAUCAUAUCUAUACUCUAAAUAGUUUCUCCUAUUCUGACAAGUCUGCUUAUUGGUAGAGAUCCUAUUUAAAUAUUGAAUAUUAUUACAUUGUAUAAACAUUUUUAACACCAAAAAGGGAAAAGCUACUUUUAUGUUUCUAGUCUGUAGGUUGUAAACAAUAAUUACUAUGUUAAUUGAUUUUUUUUUUUUAUUAUUAUAUAAUAGUAUUUAGGUUGAAAUUACAAUUGUGCGAUUUAUAACAUUGAUUUAUAUUAUUAUUAUACUGUAUUCUUUUUUUUUUUUUUGUAUACAAA